AUGAAUCUCUCUCACUGCAACUUUCGCAUUAGCUCAAUAUGGCAAAAGCAUGUGUCCCAAUUUGUUAUUUCGGCGAAUUUCAAAGGAAAGAAAAUGCAUUCAACAAUUUCGAUUCCACCUUUGAAAGUUACUUCUGAAGCGCAAAUAAAACAUCUAAUUCAAUUGAACCAAGUUCGAAAGACGACUCCUAUUUGCGUAAGUUUGUUGAAGAAAAAUGUCAUUGAGGGUGAACACGAAGUUUUUGAUGGAGAAGAUCGUAAUGAGAAUGAUUUUUGGGAUGCUCUUGAGAUUGCUCGGGAGGAUCAUGUGGUUAUUUCUGGGGCAGUUGCUACUCACCAUAAUGUCACCGUUACACGAAGGAUUUACGAGGAAGUUCAAGACAACGAAGAUGAAAGGCCAUUUACAAAUCAGGAUUUAAUUGAUUUAUCCAGACAGAGACAUGAGUCUGGUAGGAGCUCACAUGCUGGGCUGAGUACACGGUCUUCUAAUUGUUCGCGUGUAGUUCCUGAUGAUGAAGAUUUACAUGUCGAUCAAUUGUUUGACGCGAAAAGAGAUUUGCAAGAAGCCAUGUACCAAAUUGCAAUGAGACGUAAUUUUGAGUUUAAGGUAAAAAAAUCAAACAAGUCUACAUACACAAUUAUUUGUGUGGAUAACAAUUGCAGUUGGCGUUUGAGUGCGACAAAGAUGGACACAAAUGAGUUCUUUGUUGUUCGUAAGUAUGCGCGGGAACAUACUUGUGAAGUGGGUAUUUGUCAAAAUGAUCACAGACAAGCUCGAUCAUGGUUUAUUGGUCGACAGAUAAUGCACAAAUUUCAGGAUCCACAGACAAUUUACAGACCUACAGAUAUCAUCAACGACAUCCGUCGAGAGUAUGGGGUGGUUAUGAGUUACCAGAAGGCUUGGAAGGCUAAAGAAUGUGCAUUGGAAGAUUUAAUGGGUUCGACAGAGGAGAGUUAUGCCAAAUUGGCCAGGUAUUGCCACAACAUGGUGAGAACUAAUUCUAACUCGACGUUUUUUAUUGAAACCGAUGGGCAGAAUCGCUUCAAGAAAGUUGAUUAUUGUUACUUGUCAAGAUGCCAAUAUCCAAAUUUACCCUCUUGCAUAGCAAUGCGUUGGUUCUUCACGAAGUUGAGAGAAGUAAUUGGGAACAUCGAGAACCUUGCAUUUGUGAUUGACCGGGGGCAGUCAAUAAUAAAUGGUAUAGCCGAAGUUUUUCCAGAAGCACAUCAUGGUUAUUGCAUGUGCCACAUCCAGGGCAAUCUGAAAACUAGGUACCAGGGCAGUGGCAUCGUUGCAUUGUUUAGGAGAACUGCAGAAACUUACAGCUUUGAAGAGUUUACAAAAUUCAUGGGCGAAAUAGAACAUAAAUCAGAAAGUACAUGGGAAUAUCUAUCAGAUAUGGGGGUCGAACAUUGGGCACGGUCACAUUUUCCAAGACGUCGAUACAACAUGAUGACGUCGAAUAAUGCAGAGUCACUCAAUGCAUUAUUCAAGAAGGAUCGAGAUGGUUUUAUGACCGACGUAAAGAAUCCCAAAAUUGUAGGAGUGUGCUAG